AUGUACUCGCGUCGCAGGCGUCCAGGCCAUGAGCCACCCAAGCUCCUCGAAGCCGCAGCUGCAUAUGAAACGCCUUGGCUCCCGCAACCUACCAUGCCCUAUUCACACCGGCUGCCCGUCCGCCAAGCCACACCGCCUGCUUCAGGAUACCAAGUGGGACGGCAAGCCCUGCGAAGCGAGGUGCGGUCGACACUGCUCGAUGCACCAUUGGGCGGUGAUCGACGGACAGAGAUUGUUUGCUGCCAGGAACAAGGCUGGCGGCGGACCCUGCGCGCGUGCAGCCAUGGUGGCGGCAGUGGGACUCAGCUGUGCGUCGUGACACGCACAAUUCGCGCCCCAGCAAUGUCGAAUUCACGACGUCGACGCAGAAGGAAGGAGUCGUCCAGGGUCCUGCCUUCCUCAUUGGCCGACCCUGUCCUGAAACAACGUGGGCGCGCGACAGCGUCCCCAAUCUGGCAAGCCCCAUCGAGCGCCACUGAGCCACUCCCAUCCAUUCACCCCACAGGUUGCAUAAACCCGCACUCAACAGCAGACAGCCCAUCAGGGGCCGCGAGAUUCAUGCACCACGCACUACGCACCACGCACCACGCACCACCGCCCUUCCGCUCCGGGAGAAACACCAGACUGCUGGUGCUGGCCAACCAACCUGCUGCCGCUGCCUCGGCCGCCGUCGUACAUGCCGCUCCAACGUGUCAAAACACACUUGUACGCAUUCGCACAAACCAAAACUUUCCGAGCCACUCGUGUCCCGUGAGCGCGCGUUUCACCCGCUGA